AUGGUGUUCGAUUCCGGUGGCGGCUCCAAGAGGCGGCAGACGGAUGAGGAAGGGGGGCGAGCCCAACCUGGCUUGGAGGAAGACCGCAUCACGACCCUGCCGGAGGCUCUGCGGCUGCACAUCCUCGCGCUCCUCCCGCUCAAAUCCGCCAUCCGCACCGGCGCGCUCUCCACGCAGUGGCGCGCACUCUGGACGCGCCGCUGGCCGGAUCCUGCCUCCUUGGAAUUGCGCGUCGCCGCCCUACAGCCGCUCAUGGAAUCCCUGGAGCGGCGCGGGCGGCGGCGCAUCGACCGGUUCUCCCUCUCCUUCGAGAUGGGCGAGCUCACCGCCGAGGAGUUCCGCCGCUGCCUUCACUAUGCCGCCGCCUGCGCCGUCGCGGACCUCCAAGUCCACCUCAGUCGGGGCUCCAACCGCAUCUUGAAGUUCCGGCUGCCGCGAGGCAACCCACACCUCCAGCGCCUCUCCGUCGAGGGCAUCGGCGUCGGCCUUCCCAACCCAUUCCGCUACGAGUCCCAUCCCCACUCUGUCCUCGAGGCCAUCCGCCUCCACCGCGUCACCAUCUCUGACCAUGACGUCUUCUCUCUGGUCGCCGCAUGCCCGCUCCUGCGCACCCUAGAUUUACGCUACUGCAAAGGUCUACGCCGCGGCAACUUCCCUGCCGGGGCUUACCUGAAGAGCGUCACCUUCGCGGAGUGCAAAGGCCUUGCCGGCGUUUUGUUCAGGAAGGCCCCGGGCCUCCGCUCCUUCCGCUACAGUGGUGGCUACCUUGCCGCGGACCAAAUCCCGACCACCAUUCACGACCUUUAUCUCUGCUUCGGGGGACCUGACCGCGGCAAUUGCUUGGGGGGCACCACAUACGACGCAGAUGGGAGACUCUGCUGGCUGCGUAGAAGUUGUCUCGAUGCACUCAUCGAUGCCUAUAACCUCACUGUGAUUACACUCUGCAGCAGUGCCCUACGGAGAGUUUCUGGCAAGGCUCGUGCCAAAUCAAUCCAUGGAAAUGCUGCCGUGUGCAGAUUGCAGAAUUUGAGGGAGGUGCAGCUGCUGAUGUUUGCAAUGUUCGAAGAAAAUUUGCAUGACAUUAUGGAUUUCCUCAUGACCUGCUGUAGCCCUCGAUUGGAGAGAUUAUUUGUGCAGCUUCCAUCAAGGAGUGGUCAAUAUAAGCCACAGGAAGAACCAUCGGAUUCAGAGGAAGAUGGGUCAGAGGAAGAUGAGCUAGAGGAAGAGCUCUCGGAGGAACAUGAAUGUAAGAUGCAUGCAUGGGACAAACAUUUGUGUUACGGAGAAGAGUCUGAGAAAGAUCAAUCCGAGCAAACCGAAUCAGAGGAAGAGGUGUCAGAGGAAAAUCACUCAGAGGAAGACGAGUCAGAGGAAGACGAAUCAGAGGAAGAGGUGCCAGAGGAAAAUCACUCAAAGGUAGAUGAAUCGGAGGAAGUUUGGUCAGAAGAAGAUGAGCUAGAGGAAGAGUUGUCGGAGGGAUCAGAGGAAAGUCACUUCAAGGUAGACGAAUCGGAGGACGAUGGGUCAGAGGAAGAUGAGUUGGAGGAAGAGCUGUCAGAGGGAUCAGAGUAUAUUCACUUCAAGGUAGAUGAAUCGGAGGACGAUGGGUCAGAGGAAGAUGAGCUGCCGGAGGGGCAGGCAUCGGAGGAAGAUGAGACUGAGGGAGAAGAGUCUGGUGAAGAUCAAUCAGAGGAAGAGGGGUCAGAGGAAUCGGUGGAAGAGCCACUAGGGAAUGGAUGUGAAAACCUUAUUUUUCUCAAGAUGAUGAAUUUCAUGGGCCGCCACAAUGAGAUGCGGCUACUAAGCUUUCUGUUGAAAAGGUCUCCCAGUCUCAACCAAUUGAUACUAUUUACUCCCAGUGAUCACCCAAAAGGGCUUCAUAAGGAUCAUCUGGUUACAUCCGAUUUUCUUGAAACAAAACUACUGCCUCUAGAAAAGGCCUCUCUGAAUGCACAGAUAAUCCUCAGUGAACCGGAUACUACUGCAGUCCAGCCAUUGCAUUGGGAGAUCUUUGUCAAGGUUUAA